AUGAAACCGAAGGCGAAAAAACAAAGUUUCCUUACGAGCAGAAUUAGUAAUUUCGAAUUCGGAAUGACAAUUAUCUUCUCAUUGGUUCAUUUCAUCAUAUUUUAUGUAUGUUUGCCUCGAGAGAAGCUUCCAAUUCCACAAAAUUUCAAUUACUAUCCACAAUGCAUGAAAUGCCAAAGAUUUGAUAAUUCAACAAUUUACAGUUCAGUUGAUGAUCUUAUUCUCGUUUUUGAUUAUGAAAAAACACAUGAUAAUCUUAAUUCUUUCUUACAAGAAGUUCGCUCAACAGGAUAUAUAGGAAAAAUAGUCGCCUUUUUAAAUGAUGAGUCAGCCAAGUUAGAAGACGCAGCUUGCGGCGUUAAAAUCAUUCAAACAAACAAAUCAAUUCCAAAAACAGUUUCAAAUACAUUUAGAAAAUACAUUGAUGCAGAAAACUAUUUAACUACAUCAGGAAUAUUUGCAAAUAGAGUCCUUCUUGCAAAUGCUUCUAGAUUAUAUUUCAUCAAAGACCCAUUUCAGCUCAUUUCCAAUCCAAGCAAACUCCUUGUACUCGAAAAUCCAGUUUCUCUACUUCCAUUUGGCUUCUCAAAUGGCGAAUGCUCCAAUCUUUGGUCAGAACGUCCAACAUACUUUGAUAGCGCUAUAAUAGGAGGCGGCAAAUUACAAGUUUUGAAGUUUUUGAGAGCAUUCAAUAAAAACAAGGAUAUUAUUGAUUGCCGCCAUUCUGAUAACGAAAAAGUAAUUUUAACAAAGUUUGCAGGCGAGAAAAACUUCGGAAACGAAGUAAUUAACUUCGAAUCAUUGACUGGAGGUAAUCCAGACUUAUCAGUUGACCCAGAAGGCUUCAUGAUCAGAACUCAGUUCGGAACUCGUUACAACAACCCUAAUAACCUUCCUACUGUUAUUGUGGAUUAUCAAAAUUCAAAGAAACUGAACUCAAUUAAGCAAAACUUUUGCAAUACAAAAUAA